AUGCCAACUCCUCCCCCUGAUUGGGUCAAGGCCCUCAAGCCUGCUGGCCCCCAAGGCUCCGAGCUCCUUCAGCAGGAGCGCGCACAGUCGAAUGUGAAUGUUGAGAAACUAUCCGAGUUGCUCCACACCAAGCAGACCCUGCAGCGUCAAGAACAUCUUCUGGGUCUCCUCCAACCUGAGAAGGUCUUCGACAAGUCACAGAACCACACAUUGGGCCGCGUCGAGCGCCUGCAGCGGUCGCUCGGCAAGGCCAAGCGCCUCCAGCAGCUGGCAGAGCAGCACAAAUGGUCCAUGGAAGAGCUUCACGCCGCCAAUGAGCUGAUUGGCGAGCCCACCCCCUAUGGCUUGCACGCCAGCAUGUUCCUGGUCACCCUCCGUGAACAAGGAACCCCCGAGCAGCACAAGCUGUUCCUCGAACGCGCCCAGAAAUACGAGAUCAUCGGUUGCUACGCCCAGACCGAGCUGGGCCACGGAUCGAACGUGCGUGGCUUGGAAACCACUGCUACUUGGAACUCCGCCGAUAAGACCUUCACCAUCAACUCCCCCACAUUGACUGCUUCCAAGUGGUGGAUCGGAUCACUUGGUCGCACCGCCAACCACGCCGUUGUUAUGGCCCAGCUGUUCAUCGAUGGCAAGAACUUUGGUCCCCACCCCUUCGUUGUCCAGGUCCGUGACUUGGAGACACAUCAGCCCCUGGACAAUGUCUACGUAGGCGACAUCGGCCCUAAGUUUGGCUACAACACUAUGGAUAACGGUUUCUUGCUGUUCAACAACGUCAAGAUCCCCCAUGUUAACAUGCUGGCCCGCUUCUCUUCCAUCGACAAGGCCACAAACCACUAUUCUAAGCCUGCGAUGCCCUCGCUGGUCUUUGGUACUUUGACCUGGGUGCGAUCGAACAUCGUUUUGCAGGCCGGUGGUGUUCUCGCUCGCGGUGUCACCAUCGCGACCCGAUACUGUGCGGUCCGAAGACAGUUCCAGGACCGUGAUGCGGAACCGCACGCUGGUGAGAACCAGGUCCUCAACUAUAAGAUGGUGCAGGUCCGCCUGUUGCCUCUGUUGGCUUCGAUGUAUGCUCUGCACUUUACCGGUCGUGGUAUGAUGCGUCUAUAUGAAGAGAACCAAAGCCGCAUGAAGGCUGCGAACUCUCCUGGUCAGGACUCCCGUGGUGCUGGGCCCGAGGAGCUCCGCGCCGGUGCCAACCUGCUCGCUGAUCUGCAUGCCACAUCCUGUGGUCUCAAGGCCCUCGCCAGUACCACUGCUGGUGAAGGCCUGGAGAUUUGCCGUCGCGCAUGCGGUGGUCACGGAUACAGCAGCUACAGCGGCAUUGGCCCCUGGUACUCCGAUUAUCUCCCCACUCUGACCUGGGAAGGUGAUAAUUAUAUGCUUACCCAGCAGGUCGCUCGUUAUCUUCUGAAAUCCGCUCGUGGAGUUCUCGCUGGCAAGUCCGCCGGUAAUGAUACCAGCCGGAUCCUGCAAGCAUACCUCGACCGACGUGAGAAGGGUGCUUCAUUCGAUGUGCUCGAAGAAGACAAGGACAUUGUCGAUGCCUUUGCCUGGCGCACUGCUCACUUGACCUUCGAGGCCCUCAAGCACCGUGACGCCGAGCAGCGCUCCUGGAACAGUCUGCUGGUCGACUUCUGGCGCCUGUCCACUGCCCACUCUCAGUACCUCGUCGUCAAGAACUUCUACGAGGCCGUCUCUUCUCCCCAACUCUCCGCCUCCCUGGACCCCGAGACCAAGGGCCUCAUGCACAAGCUCUUCCGACUCUUCUCCCUGCACACCCUGGAGCGCGAAGCCGCUGAGUUCUUCGCCUCUGGUGCUGUGACCGUUCGCCAGAUUACCCUGACCCGCACUACUGCCGUCAUGAACCUCCUUGAUGACAUUCGUCCUCAUGCCGUUCGCUUGGUCGACGCAUGGGCCAUCCCCGAUUGGCAAUUGGACAGCAGUCUCGGUCGCUACGAUGGAAAGGUCUACGAGGACCUUUUCCGUCGGGCUAGCCAGGAAAACCCCGUCAACGAUCUGACCUUCGACCCCUACCCCUGGAACUCUGCCUUACUCAAGAACGAGCCAGCGAAGAGCAAGCUGUAA